CAGGCUGCAGGGCACCAGGGGGGACGGCGGCAGCUCCAGGAGCUGGGCCCGCAGCUCGCACGUGGCCCUCGCCCUGUGGGGCUGUCGGCAGGCCCGGCCCUUCCCCGGCAGGGACUGCUCAGAUCAGCCGUCCGCCUGCCUCGGAGGAGCCCGCUGCCUCUGGCCACACCUUGUGUGUGCCGCUCAGGAAGCCCCAAGUUCGCCUGCCAAAUUCAGGAUACAACCCUGACUGUUCCGGGCUUUUCUUUCUGCCUUUCCCUGAUCGCAUCUGGGCGUGCUCUCUUAAAGGGGAAGUGGUGCGUUCUGACUGGCCAGGGCCCUCCGCCAGAAGCCAGGAAACGUCUCCCACAAGUCGCAUUGCCCGCCCGGCGUGUCCCACGGGCUCAGCCUCCUUAUCCUAGCGGCCAGGCUGCCUCCCCGGGAUGUAGAGAAGACACGGUUCAAUGUGCAGACCUCCCUCGCCAGCGUCUCCGCCCUCCAACUCCAGGACAUCCCUAGCCCAGGUGAAAACAAAAGCCUGUGUCAGCGGCCAUAACUCUGCCAGCAGCACCUCAAAGCCAUUCAAAACGCCCAAAGACAAUCUACUUACCUCCAGCAGCAAACAGCACACGGUCUUUCCUGCGAAAGGAUCCAGGGACAAACCAUGCGUUCCGGUUCCUGUAGUCAGUUUAGAGAAAAUUCCUAACCUAGUGAAGGCAGAUGGUGCCCAUGUCAAAAUGAACUCUACCACCACCACCGCUGCCGCCACCGCCUGCUCCACCGCCACCUCGACCUCGGCCGCCUCCGCCCCGCCCUUAACGAAGCCGGUCUUGAUGCCCAAGGCAGUGCCGCCUUCCCCGGAGAAGAUCCUAAACGGCAAAGCGAUUCUGUCCACCACGAUAGACAGGAAACACCAAAACGGCACCAAAAACAACAGCAAGCCUUACAGGAGACUUUCAGAGAGAGAAUUUGACCCAAAUAAACACUGUGGAGUGUUGGAUCCCGAGACAAAGAAACCUUGCACAAGAUCCCUCACCUGCAAGACACACUCGCUGAGCCAUCGGAGGGCAGUCCCCGGCAGGAAAAAGCAGUUUGACCUCCUCCUGGCGGAACACAAAGCCCGGUCCCGAGAGAAGGAAGUUAAGGAUAAAGAGCAUCUUCUGACUCCGGCGAGGGAAGUAGUACUUCCAAACCCAGCCGGGCCGGCGCAGGACCCUCUGCCGGGGUCUGCAGGGAGCGCUGGGCCAGAACCUAAGGUCACCUCCCCUGCGAAAUCCAGGCCGCCCAACUCUGUGCUUCCCAGACCGUCCUCUGCAAACAGCAUCAGCAGCACCACGUCUUCGAGCCACAGCGGCUGCGCCCCGGAAGCCCCCGCGCCCCCCGCUGCGGGUGACCUCGCCAGCCGUCUGUCGAGCGAUGAAGGGGAGAUGGACGGCGCCGACGAACCCGAGAAGUUGGACUGCCAGUUCUCCACCCACCACCCCAGGCCGCUUGCGUUUUGCUCCUUCGGGAGCCGCCUCAUGGGACGAGGGUACUAUGUGUUUGACAGAAGAUGGGAUCGUUUUCGGUUCGCACUAAACUCCAUGGUAGAAAAACACUUGAAUUCGCAGAUGUGGAAGCACAGGAGCCCGAGCCAAAGGGCCUCAGGUCCCUCCCCCCUGUUCAGGACUUGCCUAACCAACCUACUGUCACUGAGCAACAUUGGGGCUGCCUGGGUGUCAACUCUGGAGAGCGUAGCACCCCGCUGCCCUCUCAGCCUCGCUGCCCAAACCCCAGGCCCCGACGGGCCCGAACCCGGAGGGAUGGCAGCCGAUGAGGGCGUGGAAGACGUUAGGAAGAAAAGGAGCGGCCAAGACUCUUUUUUCUUUAACAAGCACUUAACGCUGCAUCAGGAGACGCCAACACAGUAUUCCCUUGCAGCCAGGAAGAUCCCUCCGGCGGCAGACUGCCCCCUGCCCUCGCCGGCAGCCCACAUCGCCGCCACCCCCGUGCCAGCCUCCGUCUUGCAGCCUUUCAGCAGCCCCGGUGCCGUGUACCUCCCGUCGGCUCCCAUCAGCUCGAGGCUCGCCUCCUCCUACAUCAUGACGUCCGCCAUGCUCCCCAACGCCGCCGCGUUCGUGGCCUCGCCGGACCCGGGCGCCCUCCUGCCGCACCCCGCCGCCUUCCCCCACGUGGCCGCCACCCUCAGCCUCAUGGACUCGACCUUCAAGGCCCCCUCGGCCGUGUCCCCGAUCCCGGCCGUCAUCCCGCCCCCCGCAUCCCACAAGCCAUCCAAAACCAAAACCAGCAGAUCCUCAAAAGUCAGAGACCUGUCCGUCCCUCCUCCUCCUCCUCCUCCUCCUCUUCCUCCUCCUCCUCCCUCGAGCAACAAGAAGAGGCGGCCGCCGCCCGCGCCGGCCCCCGCCCCGUUCCCCCUGCAGGCGCCCCUCCCGUCCCCGCUGGCGGGGCCCCCCAGGAAGAACUGCGUGCUCGGAGCCAGCUCGGCCUUGAAUUCCUACCAGCUGGCUGCCCCCUACGCCAGCCUGCCCGUGCACACCUCCAACAACGGGGUGAGCCCCCUCCUCAGUGCCAAACUGGAGCCCUCAGGACGGACCUCGCUGCCCGGCGGCCCCCCGGACAUCGGGAGGCACCUGGGCCCCGGGGGCGGCAGCGAGCCCUGCCCCCUCGCCGUGCCCGCCCUCGCGGGGGACCUCUCCCUGGCCUCCCACCACGCCGUGUCUUCUGCGCUGCCCCUCUCCUUCGACAAGUCGGAAGGGAAAAAGCGUAAGAACGCGAGCUCGGGCGGCAAAGCCUGUAAGAUCACUAAGAUGCCUGGGAUGAACAGCGUCCACAAAAAGAACCCGCCCAGCCUUCUCCCGCCGAUGCCCGACCCGGUGAACAGCACCUCCUCCUCCUCGCGGCAGGUUGGGAAAAACAGCAGCCUCGCUCUGUCACAGUCCAGCCCUUCAAGCAUACCCAGCCCAGGACACAGCCGACAGAAGACCACAAACAGAACAGGCAGGAUAAGGACUCUUCCAUAGCAAGACUAUGAAGCCACUUCCAGAACAACGCCUGGCCUCCGGUCCCGCCCAGGGGCCAUGGGGGCAGGGAGUGGGCAGUGGGGGAUCCAUUUCCUGGGCCCGCCUGUGGCUCCGGCCUUUCUUUGUCUUUUUCUUUUUUAUGACCAGUUUCUUUCGUUUUUUGGAGAAAAAGAAAAAAGGCAAGAGAACGUGAAUUUGAGAUUUACAGAAAACAAUGCCCGUGUUUUGUUUUCUUCGUUGUCUUUCGUUUGCCACAUGUACACAUCCUUCCAAGCUCGGGGUCCCUCCUCCAGCUUCUGAUUCAACUACUGCACCGUCGUUUUGCUCCAGCCACGCGAGCAGACCGUUCGGGACGUCCGUUCCCAGUUGGCAUCGUCAUCGGAAACUCGAACUUGAGCACACGAAGUGCUCUUUUCCUUGUCCUCGCCCGCCCAUCCAUCCCAUCCUACCUGCCACUCUCUGGGUCCCCAAGGCUGUCCCAAGAAGUUGUCUCUCAUAAGCUCGCCUCUGGAUGGCCUGGGAGGGGCUCCGCUGGGGAGCGGAGAACAGAGGCAGGAGGGUGGCCAAGCACCCAUCAGGUUUCCAGGGCACCCAGGACCACCGGCCGGCCGUGCAGCUGAGAGAGGGGAUAUACCGGGUCAGGUCUGGACCGGGCCUGGGAGGUGGCUGGAAGCAGAGAAUGGGGGUCGGAAAGCUAUCCCUCAGAGAUCGUGAGAACUGGGUGGUUGUGGUCCUCUGAGCUUGUUAGGAAUCCAGGGUGCCCUGGGCAAGGGCCCAAAGCUGGUCAAACCAGAGAGGGAUGCCCCCCCCCGGGGGGGGGGGGGGACAGGAGGCCCCAGGAGGCCACUCUGAAGAAGGCACAGUGCCCACAGCUGUGGACACUCUCCAGCUGCCCUCCAGGGCCGGGCAAGAGGAGACAAGGGGAGGGAAGGAUGGAUCUGGGGGAAAGCUUCCAUGGAGGGCUACGGGUCAAACCCCUGGUGAGAAUGAGUACAAGCCCCGCCCACCCAGCUCUGUGCCCUGGGCCACACGACCCUGGGCCACACGACGGGCCCCCUGUAUCAGGAUCUGUCGGGUUCUCAGAGGCCCAGCUCAGACACAGCCACCCCGGGUCAGAGUGGUAAGGCCGGCCACUCCCUAGCGAGGAAGAGCGCAGCUGAAACUAUUCACACUGGAGUCUGAAGGAAACGUCAGUACUGUAAGCUUUAAUCAGGAAUCGGUCCGGAAAGGAACGCGCCACGUAAAGUGAGUGUUCUGCGCUGUUCACCCUGUCCCUUGGCACAGAGAGUGGGAGUUUCCCUUCAUCCCUACAUCAGACAGGAAAGCCAGAGUGGCAGCUGGACACACACCCUCACCCCCACCCCGAAGUCUUCCUCCCCUCCCCACCCCCCUCCCCAAAGAUCAGACUACUGUUAGGUUUCAACACGGAAUGGAAUCCCACUGAGGCGGGAGGCUAGCGGAGUGAUUUGCAUCGAUGAAAUUGCACUGACAGUGUUUCUUAUAGGAUUACUACAAUUUUUUAAUAUAAAAAUGAAGAUUUUUUUAAAAAAUCAAUGAGUUGAUAUUAGGUACCAGGACAUUAGUUCAGAUUAUUUCGUUUUUAUUUCUACAGUGUUAAAAGUGCACUUAUAUGCUGGUUUAUUUACAUCUUGGGGGGGGGGGGGAAAGGGGGAAGACUGCAAAUUGAAGGGAAGAUUGUUACUUUUCCUUUUUUUAAAAAAAAAAGGUGGUUAAGGCAGAUUUAAGACUUAUAAAUGUAUAAGAAAUUAUAAACAAGAUUAGAACCUUUGGGGGGGAAAAAAGUUUAGAAGAUAUUCUUAAAGUAAAUUUUUAUAGUGUUAAUUUUGUAAUAAUUUAUGUUUUACUAUAUGACAGAGCUAACUGACCAGAAAUAGUUUCAGAAACAAUAUGAAACUUAGGAAAGUUUUAAGCAAUGUUUAUAUUUUUAAAAUGUUCUUUGGAUUAUGUUUUUAUUGUACAUUUCUUCAGACGGAAAAGUAUGUAGAUAUAUCUUUGUUAUUUUUGCACAAUUUUUUUGUCUUGUUCAGUUUUAGACGUCUGUGUGUGGUUGUGUUUUUGUUUUGUUUUUUAAUAUAAUUUAUUUUGAGUUGUAAAACUUGCAGGAGUAAAAACAAAACGA